UACGCAGUGAGCGACCGACGGGGGAGCCACGGAGUGAAGCCGCAGCUCACAGACAGUCUGCAACAGAGUGGUUAGCUCUGUUGGCUGGUAUCAAACAGCACACAUUAGAGACAUGUACGGUCGAAGUAGGAGAUACAAAAAUAAGAAAACGAUCGUGUAGAAUUGUCCGCAUAGGGUUUGCUCUACGAAUGCCUCGUAGUGCAAAGGACCAGAGGACUCUGUUAGCAGGAGCUAACGUUGGCUAGCCAGCUAAUGUUUUGUAGCCAAGUGACUUACCGAUGCAAUGGCCUCCAGGUGUGUCCCCGAUGAUGUAAGGCGUCCCCGGCUAUAACACCAAGAUGAGUGAAGUCCAGGCCACGGUGGAGUUUGCUGUGGAGCUCCACAAGUUUUACAAUGUGGACCUGUUCCAGAGAGGGUUCUACCAGAUCCGGGCCAGUAUGAAGGUCCCUCCCAGGGUCCCUAACAAAGUAGAAGCCAGUCUGCUCCACCCGGCAGGCUCCGAUCUGGCCUUCCCAGCCUCAGUCCAGGAGGACGUCAUCAGCAGCAGGACCUAUCAGAUCCUGUACAAGAACGAGGAGGUGGCGGUGAACGACGUUCUCCUCUUCAAAGUCAUGAUGCUGUUGGACGAGAAGAAGGUGGAGGAGUCCCUCAAUGAAAUGGAUUUCCAAAUCGUCCUGGAGUUGUUCUUCACAGAUGGGGACUACAGUUCAGAGGACCAGAGCUCUCUCCAGAGCAUCAGCAGUCGCGUUCUUCGUUUGCACUUUAGCCUCCAGAAAGGCAUCCACCAGCAGGUCAACAUUAUGUUCGACUACUUCCACCUGUCGGUCAUCUCCAUGACGAUCCACGCCUCCCUGGUUGCCCUGCACCAGCCGUUGAUCAGUUUCCCAAGGCCGGUGAAAACCACAUGGCUGAACCGCAACGCUCCGGCACAGAGCAAGGACUCGGUGAUCCCCAACCUGGAGAGCGUUGUGUUCGGGAGCAGCUACGUGAAGCAGGUGUCUCCAGACGGCCGGACAUUCCUGGUGUCUGAGCACUGUCUGCAGCACGCCCACAGUCUGCACCAUAGUCUAUGUGCCAGCCUGCUGCUGGCCUACCAGGGCCUCUUCGGCUGCUUCACCUCCCUCACCAAGAACCUGCCCACCAACCACCGCAUGGAGCUAGCCAAACCCAGCAUGCAAGUCCUAUAUGAGCGCGUUCUCAGAAGACCUUAUCCCCGAAGCCAAAGGCACGUCUACAUAGAGGAACUUGACAUAGAGGCCCGCCUGGCUCAGCUUUGUAAACAAAUAGAGCAGAAGGUGCAGAGCCCUGACGAGCUGGCUGAGCUGGUGAACAUGAACCUGGCCCAGCUCUGCUCCCUGCUCAUGGCUCUCUGGGGCCAGUUCCUGGAGGUGGUGUCCCUGCAGGAGCACGUGUCGACCCUACUGGCCGCUGAGCACCACACCCUCCGAGUUAGGCGGUUUGCCGAGGCUUUCUUUUGCCUUGAACAUCCACGACAAACUGCGUUGGCCUACCAAGAACUACAUGCUCACAGCCACCAGCAGAUGACAAACGCUAUCAAAAGUUCAAGCUACUUCCUCUCCUUGCCACCACUUCCUGUUGAGUGCGCCGACUUGGAUGGCGACGUCAGUUCCCUGCCAAUCAUCUUCGAGGACCGAUAUCUGGAUUCCAUCACGGAAGACCGCGACGGGCCCUGGCUGGGCAUGCCCGGCACGCGGAGGGGCUCCGUCUCCGGCGGAAGGGCGGACCGGUCCACCUCAAAGGACGGCGGAGGGGCCUCCGCGGCGUCUGCAGCCGUGUCCCCCACCUUCCCUCCCCCCGCCUGCGACACGGGCCACGCCCCCAUGGACACCACCUGGCCGGACAGCUGUGAGCCCCCGCCCAAGUCCAAGGGCAAGUCUGUGAAGCUGAAGAGGAACUCCAAGACGGAGAGCACCACGAAGAAGCUCAUCCGCCAGGGCUCCAAGGACUCCGUGGUCCUGGUGGGCUACAAGAACCUGCAGGCGCCGUACGCCGCGGACCCCGCCGCCGCCGCCGCCGCCGCCGCCAGGCCCAAGGGGGGGGAGGCGCCGACCAAUCCGGAGAGCGACCGCGACGGCACGACGACGGGGGACACGGGCGCCCACUCGAGGACUGCGGCGAACAGCGCCCUGGGGAGCAGUUGCGCCGCUGCCAUGGCGACGGACCCCGGACAGAGUGCCUACGACGCGCUGGUGGAGGACAGCCUGGCCGCCGCCGCCGCCUACCAGAAAGGCUACUUGAAGAACCUCGCCGGCGCCGACGCGCGACAGAGGCCCGAGCCCGGACCCGGGGCCCCCACCCAGGUCCAGAACCCGCCGCAGAAGCCCGCGGGGGUUCGGCACAUCGAGGUGAAGCCCAGCGGCAACGACCCGUUCCAGGGGGACAAAGUGACGCUUCUGCUCCCCCACUGGUCCGCCGGGCACGCCCCCAGCGGAGCCUUCCCCGAGACCCCCCAGACGAGCCUCUCGGUGCGGCCGGCUCGCUCCGGGCCGUCGGUCCAGCUGCAGGUCCAGGGCGACUGCAUCCGUCUCCCGGACGGCGGACUCCCGUACGCCUCCAAGCGCCUGUCGGACUCGGGCAUCGACAGUGAGCCCUGCUCCCUGGCCGCCCUCCAGGCCCAGGGCGUCCUGGGUUGUUCUGGGCUGGCGGCGGUCGACGCCGAAGGGGGCCCCCAGGGGGUCAUCAUGAGCCCCGCGCCGGACCCUGCCCAGAGGACCAGCGUGGGGCCGGGGGGGCUUUUCCCAGAAGGCGCCGGGGCGGUCAGGGGAGCGCAGUCCUCGCUGACGUCCAUCAACUCCCUGCCCUCAGACGACGACGACGGCGGCGAGGAGGGCUGCGCCAGAGGCCCCCCGGGGCCCGAGGUGUUGGGGAGGAAGCCCAGCGUCGUGGUGCAGGAGCAGAGCGUGGCCUUCUCCGGGGACGGCGCCAGCCGACCCGCCGUCGCCUCGGCGCUGCGUUGCCCCCUGCCCCCAGCGGCGCAACGCCCCCUGGGCUCCGGCGCUUCUCCCCCGGCGACCGUCGCCCCCGAGCCGGGAGACCUGGACCCCGGCUCCGUCGACGUCGACUUGGAGCCGGGGCCCGGGCCGGCCAGAGAGGGCGCCCCCCCCCCGCCCGCGGCCUGCCCCUCCAGCGCCUCGGCCACCACCACCACCACCAGCAGCACGGACGCGGUGAAGCGCGGCCUGGUGGAGAACUACUUCGGCUCGCGCUCCAGCACCGACGUGUCGGAGAUCAGCCCCCUGGAGACGUCGGGCGCCACGCUGGGCGUCCAGACGGCGCCCGCCCCCCCCGCCGCCGCCGCCACACGCAGCGCUGGAGACGGCUGUGAAGCCGUGGUCAACAACAACGAGGAGGAGGAGGAGGACGACGACGACGACGAAGAGGAGCACGAGAGUAUCCAGAACGGCUUCUACGAGGAGGGGGACGGGUACGGCUUCGCCAACGGGGUCGCCACGGCGGAGGAGGAGGAGGAGGAGAGGAGGACGGAGAUCGGCGCCGUCACCCAGGAGACGCGCCUCCUGCUGGAGCAGCUGAGGAUGGGCUACCUCCAGGAGCCCCAGGAGAUGGAGCAGGCCCCCAUCUGCCCGAGUCUCCCCGCGCCGGCCGGCCGCGGCGGCGGCGGCAGCAGCGGCCGCGGGCGGGCGGGCGGUGCCUCGGUGUCGGCCUCCUCCAGCCUGCACUGGUACCAGAGCGCCCCCGCAGCCCAGAUGAAAGCCUUCAUCAAAGCCAAGGAGGACAUGAAGCAGCUGAGGUUACCCGGCUUCCUGUACAGCGAGAUCCCCCAGCUGGCGUCCACCGUGCCCUACUUCAGCCUGGAGGAGGACGAGAGCUGCGACGAGGGCAUCCACCUCAUCGUCUGCGUCCACGGCCUGGACGGCAACAGUGCCGACCUGAGACUAGUGAAGACUUACCUGGAGCUGGGGCUGCCGGGGUGCCGGAUCGACUUCCUGAUGUCUGAGAGGAACCAGAAUGACACCUUUGCUGACUUUGAGUCCAUGACAGACCGGUUGCUGGAUGAAAUAGUCCAGUACAUCCAGUUAUAUAAUCUCACAGUGUCAAAAAUAAGCUUCGUGGGCCACUCCUUGGGGAACCUGAUUGUGCGGUCGGUGCUGACCAGGCCCAGGUUCAAGUGUUACCUGAGCAAACUGCACACCUUCCUGUCCCUGUCCGGACCUCACCUGGGCACCUUGUACAACAGCUCGGCCCUGGUCAACACCGGCCUAUGGUUCAUGCAGAAGUGGAAAAAGUCCGGUUCUCUCCUGCAGCUGACCUGCCGGGACCACUCGGACCCCCGGCAGACUUUCCUCUACAAGCUCAGCAAGAAGUCUGGUCUGCAGUUCUUCAAGAACGUGGUGCUGGUGGGCUCUCUGCAGGACCGCUACGUUCCAUAUCAUUCUGCUCGCAUAGAGAUGUGCAAAACCGCACUCAAGGACAAACAGACAGGUUCUGUGUACGCGGAGAUGAUCGAGAACCUGCUGCUGCCCGUGCUUCAGAACAAAGAGUGCAACCUGGUGCGCUAUGAUGUCAUCCACGCCCUGCCCAACACGGCCAACUCCCUGAUUGGUCGAGCCGCCCACAUCGCAGUGUUGGACUCUGAGAUCUUCCUGGAGAAGUUCUUCCUGGUCGUGGGCCUCAAGUUCUUUCAGUAGAGGAGCAAUCGGUCACGUGACUGUGGCGAGAAGGGGGGGAAUUCUACCAACAGGAACUUUGAGUUGGUGCCUCUGCUUGAUUCUGGUCUUCUUUAACGUGUUAUUUUCUUUUCUUUUUUUUGUAUAUGCAUAUACUUCCCUUCGGAAGACACUUCGAACAAAAUGGGCAUCACAUUCUCAUGUGUCGCGUAACUAAUUACUUUUUAUUAAAGUGUCUUUAUUUUCCCAUGUUUUAAUUGGUAAAUAUGGAGUUUGCCAUUCUGUAUUUCUUUUUACUGCCAGUUGUUUUGCAGGAUUCUUGUUGUUUUUUGUUGGGAUGAAUUAAGGGUUAGGGGCGGGGUUUGGUCGGCAGGUCAUUUCAAACAUCACAUGGUAUAUUUUAACUGUGUUAUUUAUGUAUUAUUUUGUGGACUUCACCGACUUCCAUACCGACAUUUUAAUUUUGGUGCUGAACUGGAAAUAUAGCUGCUACAAUUGAAAUGGAUGUUUUUGGUAAAGCGUUCCAAGUAGAAAUCCGCACAUCUUUGCAUCAACGUCUUUUUCCACAGAUUUUAACAACACUCUGCGUUCAUUUGCACCACAAUUGCAUUUUACAAGAUUUUGUACUGAGAAUGAUCAUUUGUAAUAUUUUACUUUUUUAUAUCAACUAUAUCAUCGUGUAACAUAGUUUUUAAAGUUAACCUGGCAGUGGCAUUGGUGUUCUACUAUUUCACGUUCGUUGCCAUUGCUGGAUUCUGCACAGUCGUCCAACCUGGUGUUGGGAGGUGUAAGCUUUGCCUAAAAAUCAACAGUUUGUCUUUGUUUUUUACAGGGGGUUGCAAGCAUUGGUCCUAAGUGAGGGGAAAAAAGCACAUGUUGGUUAUUUAAAUGUAUUGAGUAAUUGAAAGUAUUCGGUUAGUAUCAUUUGGGUAUUAUUUAUGUUGUUUUGAAUUGGAAGGUAUUGAAUUUAAAAAAAAUGAUGUUUCUUGGUAAUUAGUUCAUAUAUGUAUCAUCAACAACCCUUGACAUUAAAUAUGCAUAUUAUUAAGAAUUCA